AUGGAACAGGAGAAGCAACGUCCUCACUCGAUGAAGACAUCAGCAUUUGUGGCAAUCGUAUUAGCCACAGCAGCGAUAACAACAUGCCUAAUUUCAUUCCCACUCAUUUUCAAUUAUGUUCAAUCGCUAGAAAGCCAAGUACAGGUGGAACUUGAUUUAUGUAAGAUGCGAACUCGUGAUAUGUGGAAAGAAAUGUUAGAGAUGCAAGUUGGUGGUAAUCGUCCCACAACCUUCCGAGUAUCACGUGCUGCCGUCAUGACCACAGACGCAAGGGAUUACAUCAGAAAACGCAGGCUUCAGCGUCGCCAAGCUGCCGAGAACUGCUGCACUUGCGAACGCGGACCCGCUGGUCCUGCUGGUCCACCAGGCCCCGAUGGGGCAGAUGGUAUUGAUGGCCCAAUAGGGGACAUUGGACCUCAAGGACCAAUGGCCGUUGCGCCACCAGAAAUGCUCAAGCGUUAUCCUGAUCAAUGCACAUGCGAAGCCCCUGAAGGACCGCAGGGAAUACCUGGACCGCGUGGCUCUUCGGGCCAAGUUGGUGAUAUGGGAACAGCAGGAUCAGCCGGUGCACCUGGAGAAGGAGGACCACCAGGACCAGUAGGACCCGCCGGCAGAAAUGGUCAGUCGGGACGCCGUGGUCCCCCGGGUACGCCUGGAAGAGAAAAUAAAGGGCAGCAAGGGCCACCUGGACCUACUGGACCCCCAGGAAGACCCGGAAAUCCAGGACCGCGGGGGCUUCCCGGACCAGGCAAGUUUUGCAAUAAGCUUAGAUCAUUAUUCUCCGUAUUUUUCAAAUUCCUCCAGCAACAACAACGCAAUUUAACAAAGAUUCUGAACCAGGCGCGGAAGCAAACGCAGGCCCUCCGAGCUGACCGGAUCCUCAAAGCCCAAUAUGACCCCAGCGCACCACUGUACUAUCACACGCUCAUUUCAAAUCUAUUUACGAACAUCAUUUUAUGCCGGUUUUUCGCGUUAACGGCAACAAGGUGCUUUUUGGCACGCUCGAAAAAUAUCACAGCAACAUUCAGUAGUCGGACCUAA